AUGAUCAGCUCAGGUGUUCAGAGCGGUGACGUCGUCGCAGCCGUCGUGUCUAACUCUGUGUACUCAUUCGUGCUCUGCCUGGCCUGCCUCGCCGUCGGAGCAGUCUGGUCAUCCGCAUCUUGUGACCUCGGCGCGAACGCAAUAUUAGACCGGUUCAGCCAGGUGAACCCUAAGCUAGUAUUUACCGACGACGGCUACGUUUACGCCGGCAAGAGGAUUAAGCUUGAGAACAAGACGGUCAAGUGGGCACAGGAACUGGGUAAAUGCGCCCCGGCGCUAUCUGAUGUAGUCGUUCUUCCAUACUCAGGCACAAAUGUCGACAUCUCCUUAAUCCACCGUGGCAUCGCGUACGAAGACUUUCUACUCAGAGGCGUAGGACGGGCGCUUGAGUUCGAAAUGCUGCCCUUCUCCCACCCGGCCUUCAUUUUGUAUUCUUCCGGGACGGGAGUUCUCCUCAAAGCCAAAACCGACACAAUACUACAGCACGAUGCCCGGAGAUCGGAUGUCAUGUUUCAGUACACCACGACAUCCUGGGUCAUGUGGGUAUUGAAUUUCGUCAACAUCGCCGCAGGACGUUCCAUGCUGCUCUACGACGGUUCACCAUUUCAUCCCACGCCCACUAUUCUACUUCAACUGGCAGAGGAAGUUGGGGUCGGCGUCUUCGGAACUUCACCAAGAUACUUGUCGGAGAUUCGGGCUCGCGGGAUCUUACCGGUCGUCGGAGGCACGCCACUCCUGCCCGUGUAUUGCGGCGAGAUUCAAGCAAAAGCUCUGGGAAUGGCAGUUGACGUGUUCGAUUCCGAGAAGAAUGGACCCGUGUCAAUUGAAAGAGAGGGCCGCCCGGGAGAGCUAGUCUGCACUAAGCCUUUCCCAAGUCAGCCUCUCAAGUUCUACGGUAGAGACGGUCUCAAAAAGUACCGCGAAUCGUAUUUCGACCGAUACGGAACUGCUGUAUGGCGGCAGGGAGACUAUGUCCGACGAGUUGUGGAUACUGGUGGUUUUGUGUUUUUGGGACGAUCAUUUGGUUCGUCGGAGAUCUAUGCAGUUGUGGAGACGAUCUCCGAGAUUGCAGACAGUAUUUGUGUAGGACAGAGAAGGGACAAAGAUCUGGACGAAAGAGUACUGCUCUUUGUGGUGCUCAAGCCCCCAGCUCGGCUGACGGAAGCACUGACAACUAAAAUCAAGGCCCGCAUCAGGGAAAAGUACUCGGCGAGGCAUGUGCCCCAGUAUAUAUUUGAGGUGGCCGACAUCCCAUACACUCUCAGCGGGAAAAAGUGUGAGAUUAACGUCAAGAACAUCGUUUCUGGGCGUGAACUCCCGGUCAGUGGGACGGUGGCGAAUCCCAAGUCCCUGGAGCUUUACAAGAAAUACCGCGAUCUGCCUGUAGAGAUAGCAGCUGUUGCAAAGGCAUCCAAGAUUUAA